UCCCUCGCGUUCGGGUCCGUGUCGCAGCGGGGACUGGAUCAGCGGAAGGGCAUGGAGGACACCAUGUCGCUGCACCCGUCCUUCUGCGCCUGGGCGGAUGGCUCCCCCAUGCACUUCUUCGGCGUCUUCGACGGCCACGGCGGCCCACAGGUGUCGGCCCUGUGCAGGGACCAGAUGCACGUCAUACUGGCGGAGGAGCUGGCCCGCGCGGCAACUGCCUACCGGAAGGAGCACCGGGAAAAUGAUGAAGAGGCGGAGCGUCGCGCGUGGGAGGCGGCGCUGAAGCGGAGCUUCGAGCGGGCGAACGCACUGGGGAUGGGGCUGUCGGAAUCGGGAUUGCCCAUCAUGGGGUCCACUGCCGUGGUGGCGCUCCUGGUCGGCGGCAGCAUCCUGGUCGCCAACUGCGGCGACUCCCGCGCCGUGCUCUGCCGUGCCGGCAACGCCUUACCACUCUCCCAGGACCACAAGCUGGAGCGGCCGGACGAGAGGGCGCGGGUGGACGCGGCGGGCGGCAAAGUGCGGACCUCCGACGAUGGGCAGCUGCGCGUACGGGGAGUACUUAUGUCUCACGCAUUAG